UUCUAAAGACCAUGAGACACAAGUUUUCAUUCAUUUACCUUGUCAUAUUCUUGCUCAUAUUACCACAUUCUAAUUAUGGUAGACCUAUCACAAAAGAGGCACCUCUAUUGAUGGUUUCUGAUGGAAUCCAUGAUCAUAGUAGUGAGCCUUCUCUUAUUUAUGUGAACAAGCUUGGUUCUUCAGUUACAUGCACAGAAGCUUAUGGAUUUUUGCCAUGUACAAAUACUGCUCUAGGGAAUGUGUUCCUCAUGUUGGUGUAUGGCUACUUUAUGUUCUUGGCAGCGAAGUCAUUAUCAGCAGGCAGUGAGAUUUUGCUUCAAAUUCUUGGACCUGGCAUCAUUGGUGGACUAUUCCUCCCUCUCUUGAGUUCUCUUCCUGAUGCAACCAUCAUUCUUGCAUCUACAUUAUCUGGGAGCAAAGAAACAGCUCAAAGUCAGGUCUCUGUGGGAAUGGGACUACUUGCUGGAUCAACUGUAAUGCUUCUAACUAUUCUAUGGGGUUCCUGUCUUAUAGUUGGAAGGUGUGACCUUGAAAAUUCAGUAGCAAUUGAUCAAAAGGAUACAAAAGGCUUUGACUUAGCUGGAUCUGGUGUAAGCACUGAUAUUUGGACAAGCUAUGCUGCAAUGUUGAUGAUAAUAUCUUGCAUUCCACUUGUUAUUGUGCAAUUACCCCAAAUUUUUCAUGGAGCUACUCCAAGUCGCGCAGCCAUUCUAUUUUCGCUCAUUGUCUCCAUUUGUUUAUUGGUUGUUUAUACCAUUUAUCAGGUUUGUCAGCCAAGGAUUCAGAGGAGAAGACUUGCAUAUGCCAAGUACAAGAACAUAAUGUCAGGAUUUCUAGAACAAUUGAAAACACAAGCAAGAGGCCGUUUCCUCAAAGACAAUGGUGAACCUCACAUUGAGGUUAUACAAAAGUUGUUUGACUCACUCAAGAAUUCUGAAGGGUACAUAACAGCCAAAGAUUUAAGAGCUUCAAUCAUAGGAAUGCACUUUGAGGAGGAAGAUAUGGACAUUGAUGAAGCUGUUGCAAGCAUCAUGUUGGAUUUUGACAAGUCACAUGACUCUAGAAUUGACAUGGAAGAGUUUGUGAGAGGAAUAACAAGAUGGCUUCGCAAAGCUACGCGAUCCGCCACACACGACAAUGAUCACAGUCCCACAACACCUAAGAUUCUAAAUGAUUUCCAUCAGAGGAUGAAAGCAGAACAAGAUUUAUGGAGUGAUCACAGUGAUGAGGCUGUGGAGAGUGUAAAGAAUCCAAGAUGGAAUGCUUUCAAAGCAGUGUUGAUGUUGCUUCUAGGAACUGUUGUGGCUGGUGUAUUUGCUGAUCCUCUUGUUGAUUCAGUGGACAACUUCUCAGCAGCCACUAGUAUCCCUUCUUUCUUUGUUUCCUUCAUCAUCCUUCCUUUCGCCAGCUCCAGCGAAAUUGUGUCGGCUCUUAUUUUCGCCAGCCGGAAGAAGAUCAGAACCGCCUCACUCACAUAUUCUGAGAUAUAUGGAUCAGUGACAAUGAGCAAUCUCCUUUCAUUAUCAGUUUUCUUGUGUUUGGUUUACAUUCAAAACCUGACAUGGAGUUUCUCAGCUGAGGUUUUGAUCAUUCUCAUUGUGUGCAUAACAAUGGGACUUGUUGCAAGCUUCCACACUACCUUGCCUCUAUGGCUAUGCUUCCCUGCCUUUGCACUUUAUCCAUUCUCUCUGCUUUUCGUCUAUAUUCUUAAUUAUGUUGUUGGAAUACCUUAAAAUCAAUCCUUAUUUUCAUUAAAUUUAGUUUUAAACCAUUGUUGAAUAUUAAUAU